GUUUCUUGUCGCGUGCUGAGAUCCCUUUCUAAUACGAAUUUCUGAUUCUAUCUAGUACAUCUAAACAGUUUCCGCAUCUUUUGACGACAUCACAUCACUUGUCUCUAGUCGAUUGGAAUAUACCCCGAGGCGUAUCUCAAUAAGGGGUCAGUGCCAGAACUCGUCUCUACACGGCAGAAAGGCAGGUGGUGUUGACUGUGUGAGACAUUGAAUGAGAAGACAGUUGAAGAAUGGGAACCUGGAGGACAGUGGUUCUGUUCAUAGGAAUGCUCACAAGCGUGGCGUGUCUGUCAUGUCCGUCAUGUAAGGAACAACAUUGCUCCCAGCCACCUCCAUGUGUAGGGGACAUUGUCAAGGACCCAUGUGGAUGUUGUGACGUGUGUGCAAAAGUGGAGGGAGAGAGAUGUGGCGGACCAUGGAAGAUCUCCGGAGAAUGUUCCUCUGGGUUGUUCUGUGACAAGGACGAUGAUGACUUCAAUGCAGUUGGAGUAUGCAAACCUAAGAAGUUGCUGUGCGGGUCCAACAGUCAUUUCUCCAUGUGCGGGGGAAUGUGCCGCCCCACCUGUGACAACCCAUCUCCGAUCUGCCCGGCCGUCUGCUUCCCCGGAUGUGCUUGUGACGAGGGCUUCGUCUGGUCAGGGGACACCUGCAUCCCUCUCAAGAUAUGUCCUAAGAAGUGUCCCGCUGGAAGCCACUGGUCCAUGUGCGGUAGUGAUUGUCCUCCAUCUUGUAAGGAGCCGAUCCGAGCAUGUAAUAAGAUGUGUGUGCCCAGCUGCGUGUGUGACGUCUGGGAUCACGUGUGGCACUACGACCGCUGCAUCCCGCUGAAACAGUGUCCGCCAGAAGGCUGCAAAUACAAUGGAAGGACAUAUAAAGAAGGGGAUUCGUGGGGUGAGGAAGAUCAGCCAGGCAAGAACUGCUUCUGUCGCCAGGGAAGACCCCAGUGUCUGUUUGUGGACUGUUUCCCCCCGACAAGCCGACACGUCAGGACCAAGGAUGGCACUUGGGAUUGCCAGAAACUCGAGACUGGCCAGUGCCCCCAAGGUUACAUCAAGCCACAGUCCUCUAAAGGGAUGUUCUUCUGCUACCGUUUUGACACGAAGCGUCUUUCUUACGGUGAUGCGGAGAGCAGCUGCCGUGCUGACGGCGGCCGUCUGGUCACCAUCCGCGACUAUCGCACACAGCUCUGGGUCGCGAUUCGCACCGUACUCCAAAUCCGCCAGAGCACGUGGAUCGGCUUGGAUGACAGGAAGACAGACAGACGACUCGUGUGGAGCGAUUUGGUACCGUACAGCAGGAAGGACUACAAACGCUGGGACAGAGGUGUGCUGAACACGAAGAAUAACGACUGUGCCUACAUGAGUCGGCCUAGGAAGUACCGCUGGCGUUUAGGCUGGUGCAAGGCGAAGCGGCCUUAUAUUUGCGAGUACGAUCCUUUCGCUGUGUCAGCCAUCAGAGCUUAUCAGGACUUCUAGUUGAAGAUGAGUCGCGAAUUCACUAGCCCAUAAAACGACAGAUGCGGUUUGGCUAAUGCAUAACAAGGCAUGCGCAAAGAUAACCAAAUUUUACGACAUUUUUCAUUAAGCGGGGGGAAACCUAAGGCAGUUGAAUGUUUUGUAUUGACAGCUCCAUAUAUUAGGUUUGUACCUCAAAUUCACACUUUGAAAGUCUUAGGCAGUAGUUGUAGUUUGAUUACUCUUCAUUAGGUCAUCUCUGUGUGUAGACUGUAAAUUUAGGAGAAUGAAAAAGAAGGAAGUUAGAUUUGUAGCACGCCAUAUGCUUCUUCGUGCUUGUUGGUAUUUCACUGUAUCAGCUGUUAUGUUUGGAUUUAUUUGCUGGUAAUAAAACAUGCUGCACGGUC